UCCGCGCCAACCAUGUCCAUCCCCACACACGCCUCCCGCGCCAAGGAAACGCCACACACGUUCGUGCGUGCGUGACCUCGCGUCGAUCCUGGCCAUGGCCACCGCGUCUUUGUCCGCCGUCGCGGCGCCGCUGUCCGUCGCCGGGCUGAAGAAGCCGCUCGGCGCCGUGCCGUCGUUCCAGCCCCUGCAGCCGAGGGCCAGGCCCGCCGCCAGGAUGGCCGUCCGGGCGUCGGCGUCCAUGAAGGAGAAGGCGGCGGCCGGGCUGACCGCGGCGGCCGUUGCGACGGCGCUGGUCCUGCCGGACAUCGCUGAGGCAGCGCAAGGUGAGCUGACCCCGUCGCUCAAGAACUUCCUGCUCAGCAUCGUGUCCGGCGGGGUCGUGCUCGUGGCCAUCGUCGGCGCCGUCGUUGCCGUCUCCAACUUCGACCCCGUCAAGCGGACCUGAUCGAUCGCUUUUUCGUUCGGAGGCACGUCUCCCUCCGCUGUAUGAUGUAACUUGUUCUUUUGGCGAUUGAUGAAACGGAUUUAUGAUAUCGAGUUUGAGUUAA